CGCAGCACCUCCCAGCCAUUGGCUGAAAGGACGCAGCGACAGUUUGAAAAUCGAGGCUCACGCUCUCGGAGUGAGAGCUGCUGUAAGAAAGAAAGGAAGAAAGACAACGAUUAGGACGAAUUCUAUUGUUAGAACAAAGGAGGCUUCUGCCAUGUUGGGAGAGGAGGACGGUGGAGCUCAGCUGCAGUGCUGCGCGACGGUGGAGCAGCUGAACACCUCCGGUCAGGCGACCCGCAGGCAGGUCAUCCGAAAGGCCUCCGUUGUUCUGGGCCGCAACGAGUUCAACGAGAUCAUCCUGCGGGUCCACGACGGGAAAAUCCCGCAAAAUUACCGCCUCAAAGAAUUCAAGCUUUUUACAAAGUUCGCCAGAGAAGGGAAGUGCACCGUCAAACUGCUCCCUGAAAACACCCAGGUACUCCUCUCCAACUGCCCCCCUGACCGCUUGAACCUCUUCCUCAAAACCCUGAGCAUCAAACACCAGGCCCGGCUGAGCAGCAAGCCGAUGACCGACCGAGAGAAGCUCAAAGCCGGUCUUCCCCGCAGCUUCGAGGCCAUCAGCCCCCUGCAGCAAAAGGAUAUCCAGAAGAUCAACGAGCUGAGGAGCAAAGUGGACCCCAAAGGGCUGGUAGACCGCACUAAUCGGACGGUAGCAGGCACAGGACAGCAGGUCAAAAGGUCAAGAUGUGACACCAACUUCAGCCCAUCGAAGGGAAACCCCAGCAAAAAGCCCAUCCUGUGUCUGCCCUCACGUAAGCUGAGUAAAGAACAGGCCGCUGUCCUCACUGCUGUGCUGAGCGGCAGGAACGUCUUCUUUACUGGAAGUGCAGGUACAGGAAAGUCCUUCUUAUUGAAGAGAAUCAUGGGAUCUCUUCCUCCAAAAAGCACAUUUGCCACAGCCAGCACAGGAGUGGCUGCAUCUCACAUCGGAGGAACAACGUUACACAACUUUGCUGGUAUUGGGUCCGGCUCCGCCCCCCUGGAGCAGUGCAUCGAGCUGGCCCAGAGGCCCGGGGUGCUGCAGCACUGGACCAGCUGCAGACACCUCAUCAUCGAUGAGGUCUCAAUGGUGGACGCCCAGUUCUUUGACAAGCUGGAGUCUGUGGCAAGGUCGGUGAGGAGGUCAACUGAGCCGUUCGGGGGCAUCCAGCUGAUCGUAUGUGGAGACUUCCUCCAGCUGCCUCCUGUUUCUAAGGGAAAGGAAAAGGCCAGCUUCUGCUUCCAGGCCAGGAGUUGGCGUAAAGUCAUCCAGGUCAACAUUGAGCUAAUGGAAGUGCGGCGUCAAACUGACCAGUCCUUCAUCUCCCUCCUGCAGGCAGUGAGGGUGGGCAGGGUGACUGAGGACGUCACCACUAAGCUGAUGGACAGCGCGUACCAUCUCAUUGAGAGGGACGGCAUCCUAGCGACCAGGUUGUGCACACACAAGGACGAUGUGGAUCUCACAAACGAGAACAAGCUCCAGCAGCUGCCAGGGUCAGCACGUGUCUUUGAAGCACUGGACAGCGACCCAGCACUGGUGAAGACCAUAGACGCCCACAGCCCCGUCAGCAGACUGAUCCAACUCAAAGUUGGGGCUCAGGUCAUGCUGACGAAGAACCUCGAUGUCGCCCGAGGUCUGGUGAACGGAGCGCGAGGGGUUGUGUUGGCUUUUGAGUCUGGAAAACAUGGACUCCCACGUGUGCAUUUCCUCUGCGGUGCCACGGAGGUGCUGAAACCCGAGCGCUGGGUGUUUAAGUCUGGCGGUGGCAUCCACCUGAGUCGACAACAGCUGCCGCUGAAACUGGCCUGGGCCAUCUCCAUCCACAAGAGCCAGGGCAUGACACUAGACUGUGUGGAAAUCUCUCUCGCUCGGGUGUUUGAGAGCGGUCAGGCUUACGUAGCCUUGUCUCGGGCUCGAAGCCUGGAAGGUCUGCGGGUGAUGGACUUUGACCCCCGCGUGGUCAGAGCAGAUCCAGACGUUCUAAUCUUCUACAAGAAACUGAGGAAAGAGCGACUGCUGAUGCAAGCCUCCAUGGAUGAUUUUCUUGGCAACAGCAACAAAGAGAACCCUUGGUGAGGGUGAAAUAAUCUACUGUGACACUAUGCACCGUGUGCAUGAAUAAUGUUUUUUUCUUCUUUGGACAAUUUAGCCUUCCUAAAUGAAGGCAGCCGCAUCGACAAUUGCAGUCUACCUCAUUGUAAAUUCUGCAGCACUUAAAACUUACACUGCCACCAUCUGGUCAUUUGCUUUAUUUAAGAGCUUAUUUUAACGCAUUUUUAACUGAAUAUCUUGAUUAUGUAUUUUUUCUGUGAACUUCUCUCUACGUAGAGCAUUAAAUGUUGAGUUUUUUUUA